AUGGGUAAUCCUUUGUCGAACAACACAUCCAAUCUCCCGCAAACUCUACCAAAGCUCACAUUUGAGACGUUGAGUAAGAUCCAAGAUGGACCUGGCAUGAUGGUGAAUGCAAUGAAGGAGCAGAAUCAUGAGAAGGUGGCUUUGGGUAUCUCGACUGUGCGAAAGGAAAUGAAGACUUAUGGCGCUGACUGGCAGAAGACGUUUGAUGAGAUCAAGUAA